AUGGCCCUAAUAUCCUCCCGCACGAUCCUCACCUCCCUCUCCCUCUUCCACCUGACCCUCUCCUUCCUCUUCCUGACCAACCCAACCGCCAUCUCCGACCAAAGCAUCGUCUCCCUCCUGGGCGACUCCCUCGCCCUCCCCCCCUCCCGAUCCUUCGACGUCCCCUCCCCCGCCCUCGCCUUUUUAUCCUUCCUCCUCGCCUUCCUCGCCAUUUCCGACUUAGCCACCCUCUCCUACCCAGACGAAAUCUCCCUCAUCACCCACUGGGGCACCCAAGCCCCCCUCCGAGUCUCAAUCUGCUUCUCCCUCUCAAUCUACUCCUUCUUCUUCUCGCCUUCCUCCCCCAUCUUCUACCACCACGACGAGUCCGCCAAAAGUCGCUUUGUCAACCACCCCAAUAUGCAUCAAGCGCUGAACAAUAACCCGGGGUAUGUCCCCUCUGGCUGGGGGGGUGAUGCCUUGAAAAACAGGGUGUUUUUCACGUUUGUUUUUGUCGAGACGAUGGCUUGGUUUUGGACUUGGGUUACGUUGGGCGAGGAGCAGCAGGGGAUUUUGGCUAGGGCUGCUAGGGAGAGGGCUAAGAGGAGGGGGAGUGGGAGUUUUUAA